CCAACUUGAGUAUCAACCAGCCAUUUCAAGUCACGAAAAUCAUCUAUGCCAAAAAUAAGUGGAAUGGCAUUUCACCGUCAAACCCCAAGUCCACAGGCGCCGGGAUAAUAUCCUUGUAGUUUGUCACCUCCACCCCUACACUCAUGCAAACUCAAUACAGAUGGGUUGGUAAAUCUUACUACAGGGGCACCUUCAACAGGAGGGUAAUUCGGGAUCAUAGGGAUCAAUGGCUCUGUGUUUUUCACCGCACCAUGCAUGCUCCUUCGAGUUUGAUGGCGAAACUAUGGGCUAUUAGGGAUGCCCUGAGUUAUGCACACAUGGAAAACGAUGGCAGCAGGUUUUGGGUGGCGGUCCAGGAUGAUGGUGGUGGUGACAUGCGGAUCUAUGGUGGGUUUUGGGCGGCGUCAUGGUUUCGGCAGCAAGUUUCAGCAGUUAGGAGUACAGCGGUGGAGGAGCUUUGGUGGCAGCUCACGGUCGUCCGGAGCUCGGUUUGUUUCGGUGGAGGGCGCGAGCGUGCAUCGCCGUUUUUCGGCUUUGGUGGCUGCUGAUGGUGAUGGCUUGUGAUUGUGGGUUCUUGGAUGGCGGUGGGUUGCGGAGGCGGCGGUGGUGGUCUGGUGUCAUGGUUGAAGCUGUUUGAUUUAGGGUUUUAGGUGUUUGGUUGGGCCGCUGUUUUG